AAAAGUAGAGCAGCCAGCUGCGUUGGGAUCUCGGUUGGUGUUGCUCUAACCAGCCUUCCCUCGACCCAAACUCUAGCCGCCACGACCCUGCGCCGCCGGCCGCCCCUCCCUUCCUUCCUACUCCAAGUCGUCGCUGCCCGAUCCAACGCCGCCGGCACGCCUUCGAAUCCGGGUUUACAGCGACGAGGGGGACCGAGGAGAUGAGGCUGGUCGGCCUGACAGGCGGGAUCGCGUCAGGGAAGAGCACCGUGUCCAACCUCUUCAAGGACGCUGGCGUCCCCGUCGUCGACGCCGACAUCGUUGCUCGGGAUGUAGUGCGGAAAGGCACCGGAGGUUGGAAGAAGAUUGUAAAAGCCUUUGGGAAUGACAUUUUAUUGGAAAAUGGGGAAAUUGACAGAGCUCGCUUAGGACAAAUUGUAUUUUCUGACCCGUCAAAACGUCAACUUCUAAACCGUCUUCUGGCACCACAUAUUUCUUCUGGCAUUUUCUGGGAGAUAGCAAAACUAUGGAUGAAAGGAUGUAAGGUUAUCAUCCUUGACAUCCCCCUGUUGUUUGAGACAAAGAUGGAUAGAUGGACAAAUCCAGUCAUUGUUGUAUGGGUUAAUCCAGAGACCCAGAUUGAGAGGCUCAUAUCAAGAGAUGGGUCCUCUGAAGAACAAGCUCGGAACAGGAUAAAUGCGCAACUUGCACUUGACUGGAAGAAGUCGGAAGCGGACAUAGUGAUUGACAAUUCUGGCUCACUGGAUGAGACCAAAGAACAGUUCCAAGAAGUGUUGAGGAAAGUCUCUGAGCCCUUAACAUGGAAGGAACGUUUGAGAUCUAGAGAUGGCCUGUUCUCUGUUGUCCUAUGUACAGCAGUGGGGGUAUUACUUGCCCAGAAGAAUCUGCUAUGAGCUUUAGUUAUAUGUCGUUUUAGAGGACUGGCAUGGUUUCGCUUGUCUAAUUUCUUACAGUCUGGAAACUGAAGUGCAGCUUUUGAAACUUUUAGCGAUGAAAUGAAUUUCGUAAGAUAUAUAUGUUCUCGGUACAAAUUACUACAAUAAUACAAUGCACAUAGCAUGCUUCGGUGUA